CCUGGCGCUUCCUGCCUAUGGCGGCGGCGGGGCCCGCGGCCGGGGCGGAGGUGCCCGAGGAGGUGCGGCUCUUCCUGCGGCAGCACCCGCUCCUCAGCCUCGCCGAGCCGGGCAAGGUGAGGUGCGGGCUGACGGGCCAUGAGCUGCCGUGCCGGCUGUCGGAGCUGCGGGCUUACACUGACGGCAGGAAGUACCGGCGGCUGGCAACGACAGCCAGGGAGUUUGACUACGCCAAGUUUGAGCCCCACAUAGUGCCCAGCACGAAGAACCUGCACCAGCUGUUCUGCAAACUCACCCUCAGACACAUCAACAAGCUCCCGGAGCACGUUCUGCGGCACGUCCAGGGGAGGCGCUACCGGAAGGCCCUGGAAACUCAGUCAGUGACAUACUGCUGUUGCUGUGUGUGCUGCUCAGCUGGGAAGGAAGAUCCCAGAGAUGAGCAGUGCCAGAAGGAGGGAGCACAGUACGUCCCUGCCUGCCUGCGGCACAGGCGGCGGGCGCCGCGCCCCGGCCGGCAGCUGAACGGGAGCAGGCAGCCCCGGGGGAAGGAGGAAUUCUGGGAGCCCCAGUCCAGCGAUGAGGAUGGAGAGGAGACAGAUGACAGCAUGAGUGACCUGUACCCCCCUGCGCUCUUCCCAGAAAAAAGCCCAGCAGCUCCACCGGCCACGAAGGGCAGCGAGGGCUUUGGAACAGACAGUGAGGAUGAGGAGGCCAAGCAGAACGGGGACAGGAACGGAGAGGCUGGUGGAAGAAGGGAUGUCAGUGGAGCUGCCGGCAGCAAGAGGGGGAAGAAACAGUCAGGCCCUUUAAAGAAGAAAUUCAAGAGUCAUCAUCGAAAGCCCAAGAACUUCAAGAAGACAACCAAGGGCAAAUAAAUGUUGUGAUAAAUACAA